UCUACGAGGCACUGCAUUCCAUCCUCGGUGCGGCCGCCACCACUACCCCACCAGUGACCGUGGACUCUGAGGAUGGGAUAGUGUCCACGGCUGGAUCCUCGGACAUGUUAGCGGACGGGGAAGAUGAGGAAGGAGAUGAGGAGGACAAGGCAGUCGACAGCGCUCACAACGCUGAUUUCCCCGACAGCCAGGAUCUCUUCAUCACCCUUACAGAGAUCCCCUACCAACCCUCCCCAGCCGUUACCCCGGACACAGAAUCUGGGGAAGGAUCAGCCACCCCAUCUGCGACUGUCUCACAACCUAGCCUGUCAUCACACUCCCAGAGGCUAGCGCGGAUUAGGCAUAAGAAGAAGAGGACACAGGAGGACAUGUUCUCGGAGCUUAUAGCCUGCUCCAGAGCCCAGGCAGCACAGCAGACCCAGUGGCGGGAGAACUUGACCCGAAUGCACCAAGCCAACAUGGAUCGGGAGGAGAGGUGGCGUCAGGAAGACCAGCAGGCGACUCAAACCCUGCUUGGACUAAUGAGGGAGCAAACGGACACGCUCCGGCGCCUUGUGGAUGUUCUGCAGGAAUGGAGGCAGGACGACAGAGCCCCGCUGCAGUCCAUCUCUAACCGCCCUCCCCCGCCACCAAGUCCCAUACUCCCCUCACCCAAAGUGCACAGAAGGAGAGGCGGCAGAGUCCCUGCUAACUCUCACUCCACCCCUGCAGAGAGCUCGAGCAGCAGAAGGCUCUCAUUCCCCAAAAUUUGACAAGUUCUUUCCUUCCCGCCUGACACAAGCCCCCGUCCAAGUUUCA